AUGGCGCCAUCGCCGAGACGACCGUCGGCUGCCGCGCGCAACGCGUCGCCUGUAGCACAGACACCCGAGUGCACCACACGCACACUCGCGUUCGACUCGUUGGCGUCCAGCGCCGCAGCGCCAGCGACGAAGCGGCGGCGGCGGGUGGCGCCAAGCAGCGUGAUUGGUCCCGAGUCGAUCGCAUUAUUGACCAAUGAGCGAGCGGAUAGCGACCACAGUACCAUUCCACGGGCGGACGAGCAGGACGAUGGGCAGCGGAGGACGCUGUGUGAAGCGCCUGUGGCGCAGAGAAGGGGCGAAAAAGGGCUGCGGCCGCUUGGACUGUUGAGCGGCAUCGAAAGACGAGAGCGACGUGAGGUGUUUGACGCACGAGACGCAGCGGUGGGCACGAGACGGACGGAACUAAAAGAGACACUGAGACGGCGCGUCCGAAAGUGCAUUGAGCAGCACCACGUUGCGGCUGCGCUGUUUUACGCGGACAAACUCGUGACUGUACGAGACAGUGACGUUGACAGUGGAGCUGGAGCUGCUGCUGGAGCUGUUGUUGGUGCUGGAGCUGGAGCUGGUGUCGACGAGCACGAUGUGCUGCUGUUUGCGGACGCGUGCUACUGGAACCACGAGUUCCAUCGCGCGAUUCAUGCAGUAAAGAGAGCUGGAUUGGUGGACGUGGACGGCAGCAAACUGACGAGGAGCAAGCUGUCUCGUCAUGUGACGCUGCGUGCAGCGUGGUUGCUGGGCAAGUGUAUGCUGGCGAUCAAGCAAAAAGACGAGUGCUUGGAGUUCUUGAAAGCAGUGCUGCCGGACCAAGAGCAGGAUGUUGUGCGGCUGGCCACGAACAUGCAGCCGGUCGGUACUGCAGUGAGCGAAGCACAGGGAAUGAACGUGGUAGCAUCGCUGGCUCUCUUGAUGGGCGAGACGUUCGAGGCCAUUGGCAACCGCGAGAACGCGACGACUUACUUUCGUAUCGCGCUGCGAUGCGACGUGCACUGCUCGGAGGCGUUUUUCCAUUUAUUUGACAAACACAUGCUUUCACCCCAAGAGGAGAAAGAGCUUGUUGCAUCGCUAGACUUUUCGCAAGAUGAGACGCAGUUGCUGGAGCGUCUGUAUAAGACGCACGUUGGAAAGUACGAUUUAGGACAGUCUAUUGACGACAAAUUCGCCGGGGUGGAGCAACGUUUUGGGCUUGUGGAGAAUGCACACCUCAAUGUCACACGAGCAGAGACGUGUUAUUACCAGCAUGACCUACAGCGGGCGUAUGCCAUAUGUAAAAGUGUGCGUGAUCGAGAUCCAUUCAAUUUCCGCGUGAUUUCCGUGUACGUGUGUACGCUGGUGGAGCUUGGCAAGAAGCGCGAGCUCUUCCAGUACGCACACCAAAUGGUGGACGUAUACCCCACCAAAGCAUCGGCUUGGUAUACAGUGGGCUGCUACUACCUUUUGCUGCAGAAAUUUGAGGCUGCACAGCGCUAUUUUCACAAGGCAACAUCGUUAGAGCCAAGCUUUGCGCCCGCAUGGAUUGCAUUUGGAAACUCGUUUGCCGCUCAGGAUGAAAGUGACCAGGCAAUGUCGUCGUACCGAACUGCUUCAGGUCUCUUUCCAGGAUCACACCUGCCGACUCUGUACAUUGGAAUGGAGUUUCUUCGUACGAAUAAUUUGGCCCAAGCCCAAGAAUUUAUCCGGCAAGCAGGAGUCCUGUGCCCGUCCGACCCGUUGGUUUACAACGAACUGGGCAGUGUCUACUACAAGCAAAAAGAGUUCUCCAAAGCAAUCGAGAUGUUUACAAAAGCUCUGCAGCUGUGCAAGGGUCUUCCUGAGCGACUGAUGGAAGUGUGGGAACCAACGCUGUACAACCUUGGAUACUCAUACCGCAAACUUCGAAAAUUUGACAAGGCCAUUUACUAUUUCCAAAGUGCACUCCGACUAGCACCUCGGAAUGCGUCGACACUAGCUUCACUCGGUUUCACCUACCAUAUGAAGGGAGACCUGCAUCAAGCGAUUGAAUUCUACCAUCAGGCCCUCGCAUACGCCCCCGAAGAUACCCUCGCGGGCUCCAUGAUAACUAUCGCGUUUGAAGAAUCGCUAUCUGCCGGACUCAGCUCGCUCCCUGAAUUCGCAGACCCACCACCGAGAAAUGGUCCCAAGACGAGUGGUCUCACCCCUCUUACUGCCCGUCGAGCAGCGAAAGUCGAUACCAGCGCGGGAACGUUCCGACGUCUGGAUCGAUCUAACACCAGUAUCGAAUGCAGUAUGAGCUCGAGCCUGGACUUCUCAGAGGACAACUCUGCGUUGAGUAUGGACGAAGAUGACAUUACAUAG